AUGAAGAGCAUCAUCAACACCCUGGGCCUGCUGGCUCUCGUCCGGUUCGGGGUCGAGGCUCAGGCUCCCACCACCGCAGUCGCACCUCCGGCCAACUUUUUUGCUGGCUGCCCCGACUUCGAGGUCCCCGAAUGCGCUAGGGCGUGCUUUCAAAAAGUCUCUACUGAGCAGGGCUGCGACCCAUCUGAUCGUGUCUGCCAAUGCAGGGACGGCACCCAGGUCCCGCUGUCGAGGGAUUUGACCACCUGCGCCCAAACAGCCUGCAGUCCCGGUGAAGCACACGAAAUCCAAGCCGCUUUCCAAAACUACUGCAAGUGCAUCAACCGCGGCACCGGCCUGCCCGGGUCGGGCAGCGGCUCGCCGACUGCUAGUCCCAGCUCGCCGAGCGCCAGUCCCAGCUCGCCGAGUUCCAAGCUCGCCGAGUGCCAGUCCAAGCUCGCCGAGUGCCAGUCCAAGCUCGCCGAGUGCCAGUCCAAGCUCGCCGAGUGCCAGUCCAAGCUCGCCGAGUGCCAGUCCAAGCUCGCCGAGUGCCAGUCCAAGCUCGCCGAGUGCCAGUCCAAGCUCGCCGAGUGCCAGUCCAAGCUCGCCGAGUGCCAGUCCAAGCUCGCCGAGUGCCAGUCCAAGCUCGCCGAGUGCCAGUCCAAGCUCGCCGAGUGCCAGUCCAAGCUCGCCGAGUGCCACUCCCAGCCCGUCUAUCUCACCUACUCCUUCCAUGAGCAGCGCACUGGAUCGCCGCCUCCGGCCAGCACUGCCAGUCCUACUCCGCCCGUGAGCACAGAGUCCCCCCCUCCAGUUAGUACCGCCACUCCCACUGCUCCUGUGAGCACCGAGUCGCCUCCUCCGGUCAGCACCAACUCACCACCUCCCGAGCAGAGCAGUGACCCGUCCCCUCCUGGCCAAAGCAGCAACUCCCCUCCACCCACGGAUAGCGGCUCUGCCCCCGCUGGCAGUGGCAACUCGCCUGGCCGUACCGGAAGCAACCCGACUGCUACUGACGGCAACUCUCUUCCCGCCGGCUCCUCAGUUCCGGGAUCGUCCGUACCGACCAACACUGUCACUGGCUCCAACCUUGCUCCCGGUUCGGGCCCUAACUCGAGCACUGGCAUUUUACCUGGACCCAGCGUUGGAAUGGAUGCCAACCCCAAGCAUCAAGGUGAAAGUGGCAAUCCUGAUCACGGAUCCCCGCCUGGUCAGACUCAACCUGCUGGUUCCCAGCCUUCUGGGAGCACUGGCGGGGGUAACACCGGUCAUGGUAGCACUGACCAGAAUGAUGGAUCUGGCAACACUGGCGCUGGUAAGACUGGUUCUCGAAACAAUAACGGCACCAACACCGGCCCUCACAAGCCCGGCCCAACUAUCAUCAGCACGACUGCCCCCGGUAGCCAGACUAACAAGCCUGCCAACACCGUGAAGGCGGGUGGUGCCCGCUCCGAGAUUGGGUUCAUCGCCGGUGUCGUCGGAUUUGCCUGGGUCAUUGCUGCGAUUUUGUGA